GGUGCUAUAUUUUUGUCCAAUAAUCUGGUGGAGUUGGAAUUACAUGGUUGGCAUAAUUGUGAACAUAUUCCUAGUUUGGGACUUUUACCUAGUCUCAAGUCUCUUCAUAUUGAUGGUUUUGGAAAUGUAAAAAGAAUGGGUCAUAAGUUUGAUCCCACCAAAAGUAAUAGUCCAGGAGGAGUAGAAUCAAUCAAACUGUUCCCAGCUUUGAGGGAACUCCGCUUAGACAGCCUGCCAAGCUUAGAGGAAUGGAUUGAAGUAGAUGAUGAUGAUAUAGCAGGAGGAGGGAAAGUCGAGAUUGUGUUUCCUUGCCUUGAGAUUUUGAAAAUUGACAAUUGUCCUCGGUUGGAAAUUUGGCAGAUUGGUGGAUUUUCAUCUCAUCAUAAGUUGUCUCAUUUGGAGAUUAGCAAAUGUUACAAACUGAUGGCUAUCCCAAGUAUGAACGGGCUUUCAUCUCUUCAACUUUUGAGGAUUAAUAAAUGCUUUAAUAUAAGGAGCAUUCCGGAGGAGUGCCUGCGCUGCCUCACUGCCUUGAAAGAAUUGACUUUUUCAAAUUUCGAUGGAGUGGAAGCUUUUCCAGAGGGAUUGAGAAACCUCAUUUCUCUUCAACGACUUCACAUUUUUGAAUGCAGCAAUCUAAAGCAUUUGUUUCCACUCGAAGCCCUAAAAUCCCUUAUUGAGUUAACGAUGGGUCCUUUCAGCUCAGAUUUGGAGGAGUUCCCAGGACUCGAUUGCGUCAUUCACCUUCGUGCUUCCCUGAAAGAUUUAACAUUGAUAGGAUGGGAUAAAAUAAAGUUUCUGCCAGAUCAGCUUCAGCAUCUCACUGCCCUGAAGUCAUUGACUCUAAGAAAAUUCAACAGGGUGGAAGUUUUACCAGACUGGUUGGGAAACCUCUCUUCUCUUCAAGAUCUGGACAUUAGAGAAUGUCCUAAUUUAAAGAAGAGAUGCAUAAAAUAUAUAGAAGGCAAAAAAUAUGCAGGAGAGGAAUGGUCCAAGAUUUCCCACAUUUCCAAGAUCUGGAUAGAUUGGGAAGUUAUCAAACGGCAUGAAAAGUUGUACAUCAACGUUGAAGACAUUUAGAAGCCUUCUCCAAAUUAUCAACUAAUAUAAAGACGCAUGAAGGAGGAAAGCAGGGGAUUGCAUAGACACACAUGACUAAAAUCUUUAAUUUUAAGGUCUGAUUUUCACCCCAUAACCCUGCCGUUAGAUCUCAGGUUUGAAGCUCCUGGUUUCUUUGUACUUGCUACUUUGAUUGUAUCUAGAUAAAGUGUUAGGAGGAGGAGAUGAAGAUUGUGAUUCCCAAUUCAAAAUUUAGGCUGUGAUUCUUCUUUUCAGUGCCUACUAUCACAAGCAUGAUUGAGUCACGCUCACCAUGUAUAAAAGUUGAGUUUGUUUGUGUGAACAUCUUUUGAUUUUGUAGGCUUGGCUCAAUUAGGACUUGUUUAGCAAAAAUUAAGAUUGUGAUUGUAAGGAACAAUAGUACAUGUUGCUCUUACCGGAGCAGGUUUGAGUGAUUUUAAGAACAAUUUUUCUAAUU